AUGUAUUUGGUUCGACCAUGGAGUCUCUUAGUUCUAAUGCUAUUAUACUUCAAACUUGCAAAAGCGGAAACGGAAGUUGAAAAUGAUGCAGAAGCUGACAGCAAUAGUCAUAACAGAGUUGAACGGGGAUUGAGCUCAUUUGUUCGUAUUGGUAAAGAUGGUGCAGACCAUUCCGUGGAAGGAGAUGAAAAAAGGAUGAGUUCUUUCAUGAGAAUAGGCAAAUCCUAUGACGCAACAAACGAAAAUGGACUUAUGGACGAAAAUAAGCGUUUAAGCUCUUUUAUGAGAAUAGGGAAAAGUUCUUACGAUCCCCAAGAAAACAAACGUAUCAGCUCAUUCAUGAGAAUCGGUAAAAACUCUGAUGAUCCCAUGGACAAGCGAUUAAGCUCUUUUAUGAGAAUUGGUAGAAGCAACGUUGAACCCUACGACAAAAGAUUGAGCUCUUUUAUGAGAAUAGGAAAAAGUUUGAAUGACGAGUCACUUAAUAAGAGAAUGAGCUCCUUCAUGAGAAUAGGAAAAAGCAUGGACGACGAACCACAGGAUAAAAGAAUGAGCUCUUUUAUGCGUAUUGGCAAAAGUCUGGCAGAGGAUGACGUCGAGAAACGAUUGAGUUCUUUUAUGAGAAUCGGAAAGAAUUCAGAUGAACCACUGGACAAAAGAAUGAGUUCAUUCAUGCGAAUCGGUAAAAGUAUGGACAAUCCAGAAGACAAAAGGAUGAGUUCAUUCAUGCGGAUUGGAAAAAGUAUGGACACUCCUGAAGGCAAAAGAAUGAGCUCUUUCAUGCGUAUAGGCAGAAAUUAUGAUGGCGAAAAUGAAGUUUCUGACGUUGACACCGACAGUGACAGCGAACAACCAGAAAAGAGGAUGAGUUCAUUCAUGCGUAUUGGACGAAGUGCGGACGACAUUGGUGCUGACAUGAAAAGAGCAUUCAUACGCAUCGGAAAGAUCCCUACAUCGUCCUUUAUGAGAAUAGGGAGGCGACCAUACGUCAGAGUGGGGCGUCUAGGUCAUUCAUCUUUUAUUAGAAUAGGCAAGCGCGCCGACGACUCAGUAUGA